GUCGGCGGACUCGACAAACAGAUCAAAGAGAUCAAAGAAGUGAUUGAAUUGCCGGUUAAACACCCGGAGCUGUUCGAGGCUCUCGGCAUCGCUCAGCCCAAAGGUGUGCUGCUGUACGGCCCGCCCGGAACCGGUAAGACACUGUUGGCCCGAGCGGUGGCCCAUCACACGGACUGCACGUUCAUACGCGUGAGUGGCUCUGAAUUGGUGCAGAAGUUCAUCGGCGAGGGCUCGCGAAUGGUUCGCGAGUUGUUUGUGAUGGCCAGAGAACACGCGCCGUCCAUCAUAUUCAUGGACGAAAUCGAUUCCAUCGGCUCAUCGCGUAUCGAAUCGGGUUCUGGCGGUGACUCCGAAGUGCAGCGAACAAUGUUGGAGCUGUUGAACCAAUUGGACGGCUUCGAGGCCACGAAGAACAUCAAAGUGAUUAUGGCUACCAAUCGGAUC